AACGACUUUGAAAUAUCUUCUUAAUAUUCCCAAAGUCCACCCCAAAUGUUUUAAUUAUUAAACAUGUUUCUCUUGGAUUUAAUCCCAAGUUUUGUUCGAUGAAUUAUUAUUAGAGACUUGGUAAAUCCGUCUUCGCCCUCAGCCUCUUUCUCUAUGUUAUCGUCUUCGUCUUCUCCAUUUUUCUGAUACACAGAGAAACUCACGCAAUCGCUCGUCUAACGAGAGAGAUCGCGUGCAGAUCUUUCAUUUCUAUCUAUUGAUCUAAUUUUUAAUGCGAGAUAUGGAUCGGUUUCAAUUGUUUUUACAAGGAUUUUCUGCUUCUGAAUUUAUGAUACGCCACUUAUAGGUUAAGAUUUUUAGUGCUAAAUGAAUAUUGAGAGAGAGAGAGUGGGAAGAGAGAGAAUGGCGAGGAGCAGACCAUCGUCGAAUAGAUGGAGGUAUAUAAAUCCUGCUUAUUACUUGAAGCGACCGAAACGUCUCGCAUUACUAUUCAUAACCUUCGUCUGUAUAACUUUAUUAGUUUGGGAUCGACAAACUCUUAUCCGAGAGCACGAGGAGGAGGUGUCGAAGGUCAAUGAAGAAGUGAUUCGGUUGCAAAAUCUGCUAGAAGAGUUAAAGGGAGGUCAAGGAAUUUCAGAUGAAAAGAGGAGCUCUAGUGCCAAAAAUAGUGGAUUAACGAAAAGGAAGGACGUCCCGGAUGAUCCCAUUGAUGUUCAGCGGGGAGAGAGAGUGAAAGAUGCUAUGGCUCAUGCGUGGAGCUCAUAUGAGAAAUAUGCAUGGGGCCAUGAUGAGCUUCAGCCACAGACAAAGAAUGGCGUUGAUAGCUUUGGCGGUCUUGGUGCAACUCUAAUUGAUUCUCUUGAUACAUUGUAUAUAAUGGGGUUAGACGAGCAGUUCCUAAGAGCUAGAGAGUGGGUUGCAAACUCUUUGGAUUUCAACAAGAACUAUGAUGCUAGCGUUUUUGAGACAACUAUAAGAGUUGUUGGCGGACUUCUUAGUGCAUAUGAUCUCUCAGGGGAUAAAGUUUUCCUUGAAAAGGCGAAGGAUAUGGCUGAUAGACUACUGCCUGCAUGGGAUACACCUUCUGGUAUCCCUUAUAAUAUUAUUAACUUGGCACAUGGGAAUGCGCAUAACCCUGGGUGGACUGGAGGUGAUAGUAUAUUGGCAGAUAGUGGGACAGAGCAGCUGGAAUUUAUUGCUAUUUCUCAGAGGACAGGCGAUCCGAAGUAUCAAAAGAAGGUGGAGAAUGUCAUAGCAAAGCUUAAUGAAACCUUUCCUUCUGAUGGUUUGCUUCCCAUCUACAUCAAUCCACAUAGAGGGACAACAUCAUACUCAACCAUUACUUUUGGGGCCAUGGGGGACAGCUUUUAUGAGUAUCUACUCAAAGUAUGGAUACAAGGAAACAAAACUGCUGCUGUAAAGCAUUAUAGAGAAAUGUGGGAAACAUCAAUGGAAGGUUUGUUAAGCUUGGUUCGGAGAACUACUCCAUCAUCUUUUGCAUAUCUCUGUGAGAAGAGUGGGAGUUCUCUAAUUGACAAGAUGGAUGAAUUAGCAUGUUUUGCUCCAGGAAUGAUAGCGCUAGGGUCAUCUGGUUAUGGUCCUGAUGAAGCUCAGAAGUUUCUUUCCCUGGCUGAAGAGCUUGCGUGGACAUGUUAUAACUUCUAUCAGUCAACACCAACAAAAUUGGCAGGAGAGAACUACUUCUUUAAUGCUGGGCAGGAUAUGAGUGUCGGUACAUCAUGGAACAUACUGAGGCCAGAGACGGUUGAAUCACUCUUUUACCUCUGGCGUUUGACUGGCAACAAGACGUACCAAGAGUGGGGUUGGAACAUAUUUCAAGCAUUUGAAAAGAACUCCCGCACAGAGUCGGGAUAUGUUGGACUGAAGGAUGUUACUACUGGCGUCAAAGACAAUAUGAUGCAAAGCUUCUUUCUUGCGGAGACUCUUAAAUAUCUUUAUCUUCUUUUCUCACCGUCUUCAGUCAUCCCGCUGGAUGAGUGGGUUUUCAACACAGAAGCUCACCCUCUAAAAAUUGUCUCCCGGAAUGAUGAAAAAGAAAACUUUGGAGCAUCAGAUGGACAACGUAAACCGACUUUAAGGUCACAUGCCAGGAAAGAAGGCCGAUUCGGUGAUAAUUAGGAUUAUUGGCAUUCUUAUGAUUGUUAAUUGAACCUCUUCUGAAAUUUUGGGUUCUAAUUACAUGGGAGAGCUGAAGAGUGCAUCAUUAUUGUGCCUGAAAAUGGACUGGGCUUCAUGAAAUAAUGCUCUGCUGCUCAACAGAUAUCACUUAUAUACAUAUAGGUGGGCACAAUUGUAUUUUAGAUGAACUAUACAGUUCCCAAUAUUUUUCGAAAUUAUGGAUAUGUAACAUAGAUGUUAGCAGGCAUUUCCUUGCUCUUCUUUACUGUUGCCUCUUAGUUGAAGGCUAAGCUAUAUUCCUUUCUCCAACGGCCAUUGUAUUGUAAUGGGAAGGAGUUUUUGUUAAUGAUUUCCGCAGCUUUGAGUUGGAUGAUUAUAUAACUCGUGUCACUGAUGAUACG